GUGAGCGAUGAGUGAGUGUAUGGGUUUCAUGUGGUUGGCUGAAAGUUAAAAACCACACCUCUGUAGGCCACGUCUCUGAAGUCCCCGCCCCUCCAUAAGUCCCCACUCGAAACCUCCUCCAUCACCUUCCACGUGAAUUCACGACCCGGCCAUAUCGAGACAAUACACCUGGGCGCAGAGACCCAGCAACUGCGAGAGCCAUGGGGAACAGGGUGACAAGAACUGAUUUCGAGUGGGUUUACACCGAACAGCCGCACACGGAGCGACGGAAGCAGAUACUGGCGAAGCACCCGGAGAUCAAGGAGCUCAUGGGGCCCGACCCACAGCUCAAGUGGGUGGUGUCCGCAAUGGUGCUGGUGCAGGUCCUCAUGCUCUACUUGGUGAGCGACCUCUCGUGGAAGUGGGUGAUGUUCUGGGCGUAUGGCCUAGGCGGCUGCAUAAACCACUCGCUCACGCUCGCCAUCCAUGACAUCUCGCACAACGCCGCCUUCGGCAACAAGAUGGCCCGCUGGAACCGCCUGUUCGGCAUGUUCGCCAACCUGCCCAUUGGCGUGCCGUACUCGGUGUCCUUCAAGAAGUACCACAUCGACCACCACCGCUACCUGGGUGGUGACGGCCUCGACGUCGACAUCCCCACGGACUUCGAGGGUUGGUUCUUCUGCACUCCGGCACGCAAGCUUGUGUGGAUCAUCCUGCAGCCGCUGCUGUACGCGCUGCGGCCCCUCUACGUCAACCCCAAACCCAUGACCCAGAUGGAGAUGGCGAACGCGCUGGUGCAGUUCGUCUUCGACCUCGUCGUCUACAGCCUGUGGGGCCUCAAGCCCGUGGUGUUCAUGGUCGCCGGCACCAUCCUCUGCAUGGGUCUGCACCCCAUCUCCGGCCACUUCAUCGCCGAGCACUACAUGUUCCUCAAGGGCCACGAGACCGUGUCCUACUAUGGGCCGCUCAACUGGAUCACCUUCAACGUGGGCUACCACAUGGAGCACCACGACUUUCCCAGCAUCCCCGGCAGCAAGCUGCCACUCGUCAAGAAGAUGGCUCCGGAAUUCUACGAUCACCUGCCGCAGCACACCUCCUGGGUCAAAGUGCUUUGGGACUUUGUGUUCGACGACAAUUUCGGCCCAUACUCGCGCGUCAAGCGCAACUGCAAGAUGGUGAAAGGGGAAUGAGUCCUUCCGGUCCAGGCCCCUGGGAACUCGUCUGGACUUGUUUUAUUCAUCCAUUCAUCCCUUUAAAAACCCCAGGACCAGUAAAACAACCACAAUAAAAAAAAACCUACGUAAUAAAAAAUGUAACGGACAACCAUCAACGAAACGAGGAGCUGCUGUCACGUUUCUUUUUAAAAUGAAGAUGUAAAAAAUAAAUAAUUGCGCUGGAUUACGCGGCGCUUGAAGUGCGUUGACCGGAAGACUCGUCCUAGUCGUGGCCCAUGGUGCGAUCAACACGUGGCGCCGCGAUCGUUCGCUCAGAGCAGCGCUGGCGGUGUUCGGUGCGAGCAUUAGGACGUGCCGCUCACCCAUGGGUACGUGGCCAUGCACCCGUGUGGGUACGUGGGCAUGCACCCGUGUGGGUACAUGGGCAUGCACCCGUGGGUACGUGGGCAUGCACCCGUGGGUACGUGGGCAUGCACCUGUAGCAACGCGCUGUUUUACCCGUGGGUACACGCCGUUCACCCCUGGGAACGUGGCCAUGCACCCGUGGGUACCUGCCGCUGCACAAUAACAUCGCCUCUCCCUCCUGCUUGGAAUUGGGGAGUAGCACAUCAGGUCUGGCCAGUACAGUACAAUGGCAGACGUUGCGCGCGCUGCGGUCAGGUGGUGCGGGCGACAUUUUCUAUUCUUUGCCUGCGGCAGCCCCCCCCCUCACCUCGGUUUGCACCACGCUCGCGCGCGAUUAAGCUCGUUAACUGAGCGCCGCUGUUGUCCCAUCGCACGUCAAGCGUGGGCAGAGGAUGUCUCGACUCCGAGAGACGUAAAUGGUUCUGCCUGACUUGGGUUAUUCUCUUUGAAUUUUACAAUCGUAGCUUGCGCCAGUUGCGAUCGUGUUGUGAGCGAAUGCUGGAUUUCUUUGGUUAAAUUUUUACGUUCAUAUAUUUUUUUUAUUUUAUCCCCCGGCUGUGUGGAGCUAAGCGUGUGUUGGCAGGGUUUCCUGUCCAUCCAGCCCAUCGGUGUGUUGCCAGAUUGUCCCGUGAAUCACUGCCUUGGUUUGCAAGUGCCAGCGAUUGCAUAAACGACGAAUGACGGUACAAAGCACUGGGGCGUUGCAAGAAUAACAGGUUUGUCAAUCUCUCGUGGGUGUACGUUUACAGGAACGUGUUUGGCGAGAUGAGGGUUCCUCCCCUGCGACGUUCAGUCCUGCACUGCAGGCGUGGUCUUGAUUGGCCACGUAACGAUUCGUCGUAGUCAUCAGCCGUGGUCAAAUCUACUGCUUGAUGAAGGCGGCCUAUUCAAGCCACCACCACCCGUCACAAACCCGCAAUUUUAAAUCCAUUGUUUUGCCUAUGAUACGCGCAAUUAAUCAUGCGCAUGGGAAUGUUUAAAAAAAUAAUUUCUGAACAUUACGUGAUAAUAAUAAUAACAGCGCCAUGGUGAUGUUUACAAUCGGGCUAAUGGAGCAAACAAGACUGUGCAGGUAAAAAUGAAAAAUGUUAGAUUUUUUUCCCCGUCUCGUAUAGGUGAAACGAGAAAUAAAUAACCGUUGAAUAGAUUUCACCGCUCUGAACCUCGACAAAUCACCGGGUGUCGAACCGCCAUGACUGGCGGAUCGGAUCGGAUCGGACUGCUACAAAAUAGCGCAGGCAAAGCGAGAGGGCGGCGCAAAAGAGAGAAAAUCGUGCGAAGCGAGACAGCAAAAAAUACGAAACAAACCCAUCGUGUCAGAAAUUGCCACGACCACCAGUCGCGACAAUUCGUCGAACCCUCACUGUGUACGUACCAAGAAAAUCGCGUUCUAGUGUGUCGUUCGUGACGUCGGAUUAAACACCGGGACGUGUAUUCUUAGGUUUUUUAGGUAAAGUCACGUAGGUAAAAAAAUAAAAUUAAUAAAAGUAAAAUAAAAAAUUAAAUAAAAAUCACGACGUUUCGGAGGCAACACAAGCCUCUGUCUUCAGGUGGAACCGUCACAGCUACGAUUGCUGUAUCAAGUGAGAGAGAUUCCAAGGAAACAACCUUGACGUGUGGCUGUGGCAUAACGGGAGUGCGGAGGGGGGGGGUAGAGGUGCCCCUCUCGAGCUGGGCAGGUGUGCGAGGCGCUCACCGCGGAGUCGAGCGGGUCUUGCCAUCGCGGAAAGAGGCCCGCGUACCGUGCGUUUUUGUGACCUGCAUGCCUGAUGGGAGGAACGGCGCGUGACUUCUGACGACGGCGUCUUGCGUAUUUUUCUCUUCCCCGCCCCGCGCAAAGGCAGUAUUUUUUUGUUAUUUUUUAAUUGCGAUACAGAGAAAGGUGGGCCUUCCUUUCGUCUUGACUUGUCAUCCUCCGUGCGGAUUACCUUGAUGCAUUCGUGCAGUGGAAUUUGCUGCAAAAACUACACUUUUAAAGAUAAGCGAGACAAUUAACCAACGCAUUGUGUGGAGCUGUAGCUUUCACGCAGCCCGAGUUGCCACCACUUUGGCUGUUUAAAUGUAAAAGGAAUAUAAUUGUAAGCCAUUCAUGUAAUUAAUCAAUAUUUAUAGGCUGAUGAUUUUCAGCUUGCAUUAUACUGAGCUUCCUCUGUAAAUGAGUCUCCGUAUAAUUAAUGAAAUAACUUUUUUGUAAAAACAUUACUUUGUAAAGAAGAAUGAGAUUUUUACACUUGAUUGGGCAGAUAUUACAUAAAUGAUUGCAACUCCUAUUUAUUUUGAUUUUUUAAGCCAGAUGUAAUGUAUUUCUGUAUUUAGUUUGAUAGCGUAAAGAGCCUAUUUUGUUUUAACAUUUCCAAAUUUCUGCUUUCCGUGAAAAAAAUGAGAUGCACUCUACGUUGAAAUGAUGGCCUCGGGCUCUGACUCAACCUUGCGCAUAAACAUUUCAUCUUUUUUUUUUACAAUUCACGCGAAUUGUUAAUGACAUUCAGAAGGAAAGCUGCGAAAAGAAAACGGUCUUUAUAGCACUGUUCUAAUUAAUUACUUCUGUCUCGUACGACCACAAUCUUGGCCACUCACCAUGAGAUGCAGCUUUGUACCAUAUUUGUAUUUCUUCAUUUGAUCGAAAAUGUCUCGUGCAUCCGAUGCGCACUUGACACUCUUUAAAGUGCAGCCCUUUUUAACAAGCAAAUUAACCAGUUAUAGAAUUAUAUAGUUAGCAAAUUGACGUUUAAUGUACAGGCAGCAACAUCACAAUAAUCUUAACACCCAGAGCUUUUCAUACCUCCUUAAAUUUUAUUGCACACCACAGGUUGUUGUGUUUAGCAAUCAUCAGGCGUGUAAAAACGCAUCACGACUUGACAUGUAUUAAAAUCGCAAGAUUGGUAAAAGUUGAAUGGGGUGGGGUGCGGAGGACUAGAGUCUUGAGAUACCCAAGUUUUAUAGAGUAGUGAAAACGGCUCGGCUAUAAUGGUUAAGCUCUCAAUCUAAUUUACCGUUGGUUGGUAGGGAAGUCCCUUGGCUCAAACACUGAGCUUCACUGUGUGUCCCUUGGGCAGAACCGUCCUUAAGGUACACGGCGAAUUGGGGCGACUGCCUCGGGCCCCACACUCUGGGGGGCCCCGUGGUUCGAUCUCACGGUGUUGUCAGACAAUACUUCUGAUUUAGUUUGAAGGCUUGGAGGGGGGCCCGCACGAUGGGGUUUGCCCUGGGCCUCACACACACCCACCCCACACCCAUGGACGGCCCUGCCCUUGGGUGUACGGAAUUUGGAGGCGUGACCAUGAAGGUGCGACUCGCAUAAUUGUUUGAACGGAACGAUAGGACCCUCUGAAAUGUGUCAAAAAUGAAUAAAGUUUGUAAAGCGUGUUGGAAACACCGAAAGUCUGAGAAAGCUUAUAAUGUAUACGUAAUGGAAACGCGAAAGUGGUGAAGAGUUACCUUUAAAUGUAUAUAAUCUGAGAGAGCAUUGGGGUGGGAGGUUAUUCCCCACUUAUUAUUAAACGCGAGGGGCAUACGAUUCCAUGAAUUUUCACGAUUCGGGGAUUGAGAUUUGAUUUUUAAUUUUGUCUUAACAUUGCCUGGAGAGUUUCGAUUUAAAGCUUUCGUGACUACAGGGAUUCAUCUUCUUGGUUCGUUCGGUAAAGUCACGUAGAAAGGAAAUAAUAAAAUAAUUAAAA